UGGUGGUACGAUAUUUAUGAUUUUAUCACUAACUUCUAAAUUAUUAGUAAUUCUUAACAUUAAUGCUGAUGCGCCAAAACAAUUGGAAGUACAGAAAUAUUAUCUGUAUCAUGUUAUUCAUGUAUGUAUUUGUCUUAUAAGCCGUACUGAUUGUGAGGUUCUGAGUGUUUCGAACUGGACACAUUUGUGAGAACGAGUAAGUAUUGUGUUUUAGUAGAAGUAGUAUUCGUGCACUCUUCCACCAUGAUUAUGGACAGUAUGGUAGCAGUCUCCAAACCGUAGCAGUUCCGUCUGCAGUUUAUUGUUAUCUCUGAUAUUUGCCUUCGCGCACAGCUGCCGAACGAUAAGAUCUGUGGCUGAUUUUGUUUGAGAAUCAGACUUUCCUGAUGCUACUACCAUGGAGAGAAUCGGCUUCUCUGAUUUUGGCAACGGGAAAUCGUCGUUAAAGAUUCUGCUGUUACGUCGUUCUGGAUCAGUUGGCAACUGGGCCAAACGCGCGGUAUUUCCAGGUGGAGUGGUUGAGGAUGGUGAUUUUUCUUUAGACUGGAAUGACCAUUUCAAGCGGUAUUCUGUGAAUCUGGAUGGCCAACUGUUGCCGUCGACUGCCCAGCGGCCAGCAAUCUUUCAAACCAAAUCCCACGAGCUCGCUCGGGAAAUAUCGCUCAGAAUCACCGCGAUUCGCGAAACAUUUGAAGAAACUGGUUUCCUUUUAUCUUUGAACAAAUCCCAGCCUGUGGAUCUGCUGGCCACUUGGAGACAGCGUUUGAUUGAUAGCACAGGAAAUUUUUUACAAAUGUGCAACGAACUGGAUGUAUGUCCGGAUGUGCCCGCAUUAAAACUGUGGUCCAACUGGCGCACGCCGGCCAACGACAGGACGUCCAGCAAACGUUAUGACACUGCAUUCUUUGUUGCGGAAUGUGACGAAGGACUGGAGAUCGUCGUGGACAAAACCGAAACAAGCAGCGCACUUUGGUUAUCUCCAGCGGAAGGCAUUUCGCGAAUGUCUUCAGAUGAUUUAUUUAUUCCGUCGCCUCAGAUUUAUGAGUGCGUCAGAAUUUUGCCCUUUGCGAAUGCCAAAGAUCUGAUUGAUUUUGCUGAAAAGCACCAAAAAGAGGGAACUGAAUUGCUGGCGCCUGCACUUGUUUACUGCACUGAUGGCAUUGUUGUCAUUUUUGCCGGGGACGAUGCUUAUCCGGAAAAUUCCGAGCUUGUUGACGGGCGAAAUAAUCGAAACUGUACAAUGGCGGAGUUUCGUACCGAAGCUGCAAGUUUACGGCGGUACGAAACCACUAUGAACGAUACAAUGACAGGAUUGUUCCACACAAAGUGUUCAAACUUGGUGAAUCCUGAUUCCGAAUCUGUAAACCCGAUUUUGCUGAAGUGUGCUGGUCGCAAAUAAUUCAGCUCCACUCCAUUAAUAACGUAAUCUCCGGAAGUUCUGAAAAGCCUGCACAUAACUGUGACAUAUUGAUACAAUACUGUGCAAAAUUGUAUGUACAGUGUAAAUCUCAUGAAAGUAAUAUUGUAUAAAUAAAUAUACAGCGAUAAAACUAAACUAAACUCGCACUCUCAAUCUUUCUGGACGAUUUUAUUAAAGCCACUGGUAAUUUUUUAUAUUGCCUGUUUGUAAAGAAAGCCAGCAUGAGAUUCCUUAAAUAAAAAGUCUUCCGAAUUCACAAAAUUUAACAAAUAAAAUUAAAA